UCUGCCUGCCCUACUGUUUGCUGCUUUUCUAUUUGGCCAAAACGGCAUCGUUGCUUUCCGUCCGCGAUAAAAAUAAGCACACACCUACUGCCCCUCUUUUUCUUUAAAAAAAAAAAAAAAAGAAAAAAAACUCAGUUGGCCCUACGGUAAUCUUUAGCCACGUCUCCCUACCGCUUAUCUCCCAAAUCCUUAUCCGUGGCUAUUCAACAAUCGAACGGUACUUUGUCCUCUUUCUGCAAUUCUCUACCGCCUCUCUGCAACGCCCAUAUCUUUAUCUCGCUAUUCCCUUCAUCCUUCUUCAAUGGUCCAUCUCUUAUCUCUGCUCUGCUGAUUUCAGUCUUCUAUCUUCUUCCUUCCUUGAAACCCUCGACUAAUCAUUGUGCUUAACGCGUUUUUACCAUUUCGAUUGAAUCGAGGGUUUUUCUUUUCUUUGAUUCGUGUUAAUUCAGCUGGGCUCUAUUUGGAUUGCUGGAUAUUUCAGUUUUUGCUGUUAUUUCAUAAGAGGGAAAGGCUAGAUGGCUUUAUGGUCGAUUUUAUUGGAGAUUUUUAAGAGACCCACUCUUGGGGAUGCCCUAGCUGACCUCGUCAUGUUUAUGGUUCCUCUGUGGAUUGCGGUCAUUGCUGGGGUUCUAGUUGGAUGGGCAUGGAAGCCCAAAUGGGCCAAUUUACGUAGAGUGAUGGAUUCUUCAAUCACCUUGGACUGUGCAAACACAGUAGCAUCACGGGCAUCGUCUUCGGUUCCCGCCUUCAAUCCAUUGAAGAUUCAGCUGCCCAGUUUCAUCUCUUGGAUUGCCGAUGAUGGGAUUCAAAAGGAGACUUCUCCUGCGCCGCCUAACCUCACUGACGAUUGCAGUUCUUCACAAUUGGAAAAGGAUAAGUCCAGUAUAGUGAAUGAAGAUGAUUUGGAGUUUUUGUGUCAGCUUGUGGAGGACAAAGAUGGAGGUCCUGCUUGGAUUCAGAUGAUGGAUCGUUCUAGUCCAACGAUGAGCUAUCAAGCUUGGCGGAGAGAUCCUGAGACUGGCCCUACACAAUAUCGUACCAGAACUGUUUUCGAGGAUGCUACUCCUGAAAUGGUGAGGGACUUCUUUUGGGAUGAUGAAUCUCGGUUGAAGUGGGACGACAUGGUUAUACAUGCUGCAAUUUUGGAGGAGUGCCCCACCACAGGAUCCAUGGUAGUCCAGUGGGUUCGCAAGUUUCCCUUUUUCUGUAGCGACAGAGAAUACAUCAUAGGCCGUCGAAUUUGGGAAUCUGGUCGAGCAUAUUACUGUAUAACAAAGGGAGUUCCUUGCUUUUCUGUGCCAAGACGCAGCAAACCAAGACGUGUGGAUUUGUUCUAUUCAAGCUGGUGCAUUCGUGCAGCAGUUGAAUCGAAAAGAGGGGAUGGCCAACUGACUGCAUGUGAGGUGCUACUGUUCCAUUAUGAAGAUAUGGGUAUUCCUUCAGAAAUUGCAAAGCUUGGAAUCCGGCAUGGAAUGUGGGGAGCAGUGAAGAAGAUCGAGCCUGGUUUACGUGCAUAUCAGAAGCUUAGAGCAGCUGGAGGCCCACUUUCACGCUGUGCAUUCAUGGCUCAGAUCAACACCAAAGUGAAUGCGGAGUACCUGAGAUCUUUGGAGAUCAGUUCUAGUAGUUAUUCAUCAGAGGUUCAAACCCAGGAUUCUUGUUCCAAAAAACCUGGAGGAAACUUGCCUAGGCUUCUAGUGGUGGGUGGGGCUAUUGCUCUUGCAUGUACUCUUGACCGGGGAUUGUUAACCAAGGCAGUUAUAUUUGGGGUAGCUAGAAGAUUUGCGAAAAUUGGAAGGAGGUUGUGAUCCGGAAGUUUAUUUUUGCAUCAUUAUUGCUAAGAUGAUCCAAGUUAAGUGAUGUUGCAGUGAAUUGAGAAAUGGGUGGAUGAUAUGAAUCUUCCAACUUCUCACACACACCCCCCCCUCCCCCCCCUUCUGAAAUGGAUAGAGGCUCUGUAAUCAUUUUUCCUUAGGCUUGCUUGAGUUAUGGUAUGCCCUUAAAGAAGAAAAGUAUCAUAUAGAUGUAUUCAUGAAAUUUGUCAAUGUGAUCAAAGAAUCUCAAGCUACAUGAAUAACAGAAAUAUUCAGGUUAUUGUUUUGCCA